AUGGAACAAACGACAGGAAUGUCACUUCCGAGCCCGGAAGCACACGAACAACAGCAACGGCUGGACGCCGUGAAUUUCGUGCUGGAAGACAUGCGGCUAUAUCUGCCCUCCGGAAUCGAGCCGAAUACAUGGUCGGCUAUGAGAAAUUACAUGGUGGCAAGACUCGGCCAAUAUAAAGACUUCGACAACCUCCUUCUGCGGAACGCGUCAAUAGAGAUAAUGAACAAUGACGGUAUGAGACGGCUCAGUGACCUGAUCAUACAUGCAGGAGAACUCUUUGCAGCCUUUGUACAAUUAGGCCCAAUGACGGGCGCGGCCCUGCAAAGUUUUGUCUUUAGUGAGGAAAGAUUAUUAGACGCCACAAGGCAGCUUGCUGCCUAUGAGGCGCGGCUGGUGGAAUGCGACGCCCAGUUCGUUUUACAACGUAAUCUGAAUGAUGCGCUCGACCGGGUGUUUGCACGAACCAAAAGUGUUCUUCAGAUGAGAGAGCAAGAACUGGAGCAGGCCCAGCGAACCAUUCAGGAGAAAGAUGAGGAGCUCAACCGCACCAAGCGCAUUUUACAACGCGUUGAGGCAGAGCGCGACCGUUCCAGCAGGACCGCAGACUAUGUGAUUCUCCAGCUCGGUGAUCUCGAAAGGCGUCUCAAAGAGGCUGAGAAUAUUCAGCUGGGGUCUCAAGGCUCUGGCAAGCUCCCCGUCAGCGUGCCCUCCCAACCACGUCAGGCAUCUGCCCCAUGGACAACAUCAGCACCAGCCGGAGCCAACACAAACGCACAAGUGGCAUACACAGAGGCUUCGACAGAAUUGGAACAGUACCUUGAGUCCGCGCAAGACAAAAGUACCAGACCCGAAUCCAGAUUCACCGGAUUUUUCAAGGAGCUCGCCACGAAAGAAGCUCAGAAAGCCGAAAGUACCAAUGGUACAAUGGAGCACCUUCCGGAGAUGGACAGUGAUGCUUCUGUCAAGAUGCCCGUCGUGCCGCACCAAGUCGUACCUUGUAUGCCUCGGCUGCCCCAAGGUGCAACCACUCCUGCGACGAACGCCACUAAAAAGAGAAAUGACCUUGCUGAGGUCGUCAAAGAUGCCGAUGAUCCGGUUGACUCUCUAAACAUGGGUUAG